AGUUAUAUCAAAAUGAUGAUGGACUGCAUGACGACCCACUAUCGAUGACCUACCGAACAUAUUUACCCCUCAUCUUAUCCUAUUAAGUACCUAAUCUAACCUAUUAAAGGACCUUCUCGUCCCCCCUAAGCUCUCAUACGAAGUUUCUAAAUCUCUCAUCGAUAUUUUCUUCGGUUUCUAACAAGCUCAACCUCAAAGUUUCGCAUCACCGACACAUCAUCUCACUGUUUUUGAUCCAUCAUGUCUACCGACAAGAUCACGUUCUUAACCAACUGGCACGCUACGCCGUAUCACGCUCCCCUUUACCUCGCUCAGGCCAAAGGGUAUUUCAAAGACGAGGGCAUCAAGGUUGCUCUUCUCGAACCCAACGACCCAAGUGAUGUCACCGAAAUCAUCGGCACCGGAAAGGUCGAUCUCGGCUUCAAGGCUAUGAUCCACACUCUUGCCGCGAAAGCCCGUAACUUCCCAGUUCUGUCUAUCGGAUCGCUACUCGACGAGCCUUUCACGGGUGUCGUAUACCUUAAGGAUAGCGGUAUUACCCCUGACUUUACGACUCUCAAAGGAAAGCGAAUCGGUUACGUAGGCGAAUUUGGAAAGAUCCAAAUUGACGAGCUUACCUCUCACUAUGGCAUGACCCCAGCUGACUACACCGCCGUCCGCUGCGGUAUGAAUGUCUCCAAGGCCAUCAUCAAGGGAGAGAUCGACGCCGGUAUCGGUCUGGAGAACGUCCAGAUGGUCGAGCUCGAAGAGUGGCUCGCUGCCCAGGGUCGUCCCAAGAGCGACGUUCAGAUGCUGCGCAUUGACCAGCUAGCCGAGCUAGGCUGCUGCUGCUUCUGCACUAUCCUGUACAUCGGUAACGAGAAGUUCCUGUCCGAGAACCCGGAAAAGGUCCGCGCAUUCAUGCGCGCAGUCAAGCGCGCGACCGACUUCGUCAUCGCAGAGCCGGAGAAGGCGUACGCCGAGUACGUCGAGUUCAAGCCCAUCAUGGGCACCGAACUUAACCGCAAGAUCUUCGAGCGCUCGUUCGCCUACUUCUCCAGGGACCUUAAGAACGUCCGUCGAGACUGGGAGAAGGUCACCAAGUACGGCAAGCGCCUAGGCGUCCUGGACCAGAACUUCCAGCCCAACUACACCAACUCGUUCUUGUCUUGGCCCCUUGAUGGCGAGUCUUCUGACCCGACUGGAGAUCAGAAGCGCAUGGCAGAGCUGCAGAAGGAUGUUGCUUCUAAGGGUGGUUUCCACCGUUUGGACAUCAACGGCACCGCUGUUCAGGCUUAAGGGGUGCAGUUAUACUCAUAGCAUUACAUGCCCAGGAAAGUCGUUUCUCGCGUAGAUUCGCUCCUUAGGUAACCAGAAAGCCCUUGGACACUCCUUGAAUAUGUCGCAAACUGGAAUCCUGGAUAGUUAGUUACUCUAUACAUGAAUAGUAACAUAAAUUUGGGUAA